UUCACCGUUGAAACGGUUGGCCAGGAAUGAGAGAAGCGCUAGUCAUCCUUCCCUCCUCUUCCGUUUCUCUCCCUCCGCCCAACCCCGCGCCUACUCCGCCGCACCGCCACCGCAACCACCGCCCGUCCACCACAAAGUCCAAGCCUAAACUAAAGCCCAAGAAGAAGUCCAGUCCCUACAACUCAGCCUCCACCUUCUCCACUUCUUCUCCACCUCCUCUGCUCACGCCCACUCCGAAAUGGGACUCCACCGCCUCCUACCACCGCAGGGGCCUCAAGUUCUACGCAGAAAUCGCUUCCCGCCACGCCGAGGACGGGAGAUUCCAGGAUUUCAUGAUGAUUGUGGAAAGCGUCGUCGUUUCCGGAACCGAUGCCGCGAAUUUUGCAAGGUUGCUGAAUGUGAACCUCAUUUCUCUUGGAAUCGUGAGGAUGAUCGAGGAAGGGAAGAGAGGGAGAGUUGUCGAGCUGCUGAGCAGUGUUCAGAAGCUGCAAAUUCAUCCUCCUCUGCUGCUUGAUGGAGCUGCUAUUGACGCGCUUCACAAGGAUUGUCAGCGCAUUGUGAAAUGUGGCAAAGAGGAAGAAAUUGUUACCUUCAUGGAAACACUACAAGGGUAUGGUUUGCCAAUUAAAGAAUUUGUGGAGCCCUUGGAAAUCAUAAGGCUUUGUGUCAGAAAAGUAAACCCAAGUGCUGCCAUCAGGUAUGCACAUAUUUUUCCACAUGUGCAAAUUUUGUUGUGUACCAUAAUUCGUGAAUUUGGGAAGAAAGGUGACUUGGACUCUGCCCUAACCGUGUUUGAAGUAUCCAAGCAGGAUUUAGAUUCUCCUAAUAUGUUCGCCUACCGGACAAUUAUAGAUGUGUGUGGUCUCUGUGGUGAAUACUUGAAGUCUAGGCCCAUAUACGAGGAGUUAAUUGCUCAAGGUGCAACCCCAAAUGCAUAUGUUUUCAACAGUCUCAUGAAUGUAAAUGCUUGUGAUUUGAGCUACACGUUAUAUCUAUACAAGGAUAUGAAGAAACUAGGUGUUACAGCUGAUACGACAUCUUAUAACAUCCUUCUGAAAUCAUGCUGUCUUGCUGGAAGAGUUGAUCUAGCCAAAAACAUUUAUAAGGAGGUGAAGUGCUUGGAGUCAGCAGGAGCAUUGAAAUUGGAUGUCUUCACAUACAGCACCUUAAUUAAGGUCUUUGCUGAAGCAAAAAUGUGGCAAAUGGCUCUUAAAAUCAAACAAGAUAUGCUAUCAGCAGGUGUUGCUCCCAAUGUUGUUACAUGGUCAUCAUUGAUCAGUGCAUGUGCCAAUGCAGGUCUUGUAGACCAAGCAAUUCAAUUAUUCAAAGAAAUGCUUCAAGCCGGUUGUGAGCCUACUGUACAAUGUUGCAACAUCAUCCUUCACGCUUGUGUUGAAGCUCACCAAUAUGACAGGGCAUUUCGGCUUUUCAGGUCCUGGAAGGAAAAUGGGCUGCAGAAGGAUGAUUAUGAAAGAAAUGCAGAAAAUAAUAUGGCUGGGGUACUCAACUGCACAUCUUCCUUGAGUCAAGAACAGUUCUCUAUAAGAGUUCCGUUUAUACCCACAACAUCAACUUAUAAUACUUUGAUGAAGGCAUGCGGCACUGAUUAUUAUCGGGCCAAAGCUUUGAUGGAUGAGAUGAAGACAAUGGGUCUUUCUCCCAACCAUAUAAGCUGGUCCAUUUUGAUUGACAUAUGUGGAGGCUCAGGAAAUGUACAGGGCGCACUGCAGAUCUUGAGAUCCAUGCGCGAUGCUGGCAUUCAACCUGAUGUCGUUACUUAUACCACAGCUAUCAAGAUUUGCGUGGAACAAAAAUCAUUCAAGACUGGAUUUUUGCUAUUUGCAGAAAUGAAAAGAUUUCAGAUAAAGCCUAAUAUGGUGACUUACAAUACACUUCUUAGAGCUCAUAGUAGUUAUGGCUCCUUAGAGGAGGUACAACAAUGCCUAGCUGUAUAUCAGGACAUGCGGAAAGCUGGGUACAGACUCAAUGAUCACCAUCUCAAACAACUAAUUAAGGAGUGGUGUGAAGGUCUAAUACAGAAUCGCCAUCAGAAAGAAGGGCAACUUACUUCCCAGAAUAGGAUUGAUCUAGAUCCUAAAAGUCUGCUUCUUGAGAAAGUUGCUGAACACUUGCAGAAGAGUAAUGCUGGAAGCCUAUCUAUUGAUCUUCAGAAACUUUCUAAGGUUGAAGCUCGCACAUUGGUUCUUGCAGUUCUGAGAAUGAUGAAAGAGACAUACAAUCCAGGAGAUUUAAUUACAGAUGAUGUGCAGAUCAUAUUAGGAGUAGAUCAAGUAGGCACACCUGCGGCCAAUCACGAAAGUGGAGUCAAGGAAACAAUAAUCGAACUCUUGCAACAUGAUUUGCGUCUUGAGGUUGUUUCAACAGGAUCCAAAACCGAAACCGACAGAAAUUAUGGCGAGAUAAACUCUGCAGAUGAAUCUUCAGACACAGAGGAGAACAGGGAAAGCGGUGUUUUGCCAUCACAAUCGGAUUUUCCUACAAGGAGACCUGCAGUUCUACAAAAGUUGAAGAUAACUAAGGAAUCAUUGGACUCUUGGCUACAGAGAAUAAUGGAUGGUUCUGAAAGGCAGUCCCCUACAUCUGAUAUGUGAAAAACCAUUCUGUAAGAUUCUUUUUGCCCUUUGAUCUGUAAAGAGUUUCAUUUGCUUCUCUUUUAGUAACAGAAAUUAUAGCACUGUAAAUUAGACCUGAUGGUACUUCACUGAAAUACUCUGCUCUGUAUAAUCAUAAAAUAAAUACUGUUAUUGAAAAAUAAAAUAAAAUUACCCACCUGUUUCAGAUGUA